AUGUUUGAUGGGGACGAGGACGACAUCAACGAUCUUUACCCAUCCACGGGGAUUGAAAAUGGUUGGGGAGAUGAAGACUUGAAAGAUCGUCAAUGGAAGGUUGAACUUGAAAGCCCCUUUGAAGGAGACAUGUACGACAUGGAUGAGGCAAUGGCCCUUGUUCUGGGCAAGAAGGUAGGAGUUGGAAUGGUGUGUGCCUACGCUAGCAAGCAACAAUCCCCAGGAUACUGCUGCAUGGAUCAGCCUUGGGAAAGAUCGGGCGAACUCUUUGGAACAUCUUAUGAAUGCCGAGAAGGUGAAAACCAAUGCAUCCACAAAGCCCCAGGUAUCUCUGGCUUUUCUGAAGAGUCUUGCAAGGUCUAUUCGGGGACAUGGUGUCCAAGGCCAACAGAUUGUUCCAGGCUUACGCAAUGCAUUGCUGAUGAGGAGGCUUGGGCCAAGGAUAAUGGCAGAAUUACGUUUGGAAGUUUCAUGAAGGAUGCUCCCAAUGUGACAGACACAACCAGUGUGCAGCAAUGUGGGAAUGUGAAGAGGUACUUGGGAUAUGACCAAAUGUACCCAGAUAUGGACGAGAUUUGCGAGGACUUGAGUUAUUUGAGGUACAAAGAAGAAUUUGAGGAGCUUGAUGAAAUCCUUCAAGGCCAUGGCAUCAUCACUGACGCACCUGAAGAAGCCGCUCUAGGAACGCUAAAACCACCUGAGCGCCAUAACACGAAUGCGGACGUCUAUCAAGGUUUCAUUGACAAGAUCCACUUGAUCAGUCGAGACUGCAUUAUGCUUGAAAGAGACCUUGGAAUCAUCGAUGCCUUCGAAUGCCCAGAGGGCAUGUAUGCGUUCACAUGGUCCUGCGAAGCCUUGCAGACCGCUGCAGUUGUGAUUUCAACCUAUGCGCUGGCAUUCCAACAACAGACUGUUGAGAUGUUCGAGUUCAAUUAUGCUGCCAAACAGAUUGCCGACGUGGAGAUGUAUGAGAUGUUUUACAAUAGCAAAGCAGUCUUCGGAAACAUGGGUAUAAUGAAUGAGAACAUCAUGAAGACCCAUGUUGGUCUCACCAAGAUCCUGAAGAAGGUCGACAACUUGAGCAGGCGACGACGCCGUUUGGGUGACGGUGGCGCACACCUUGAAGCACACCUUGAAGACGAUGAGAUGCAACCCCAAGUUCAUGUUCCAGCUUCAUUGGCGUGGCCAGAGAAAGGAGGGCUAGUAAUGGUGCAAGGCAAGGUGUUUACGGAUGGAGAUGCCGCAGCUGACUUCCUCCAUGCAGCUCUUCAGGACCCGAACGAGAGCUUGCUCCGCGUUACUCAAACCACAACAUCCAAGUGCCUCGGUGAAUUCGAUAUUCUCCCAAGCCAUACUGGCCACGGAAAGGAACUAUUCGGAGAGGCCAAGCGAUUCGCAGUGAAAAUGGACCGCAUGGCACCGUCUGUCUCUUGCGGCUUCACACACGAUAGUGUCACAUACGACGGAAAGACGCUCUGGCUGGAAGAGGACGCUACGGUAGCGUUCUUCGACAGCACGUUCUUCUACAACAUUGAGGACGAUUGCUCAAGUUCCGCGUCAGUUGAGAUUUUUGUCAAGAGCUCUGAAUUUGACGAGGAGAGAAGUGUAGUUUUGGCCGAGACCGAAACAGCUAAGGGAGCUGCCCAAGCUACGCUCUUUGCUGCUUCCAACAUUUGCCGUAGUCAGCACCGCGAUCCCUCGAAGUUCUGCUUUGCAAUGGAUAGCAUGGAAGAGCGCGUCUACGAGAUUGUCGUCAAGGCAACCGAUGCCGCUGGUCUAGUCGGAACCGAUACGUGCCGCAUCAUUGUGACUCCGAGUGAUGGCGAAGCUCUGGACGAAGACCACGCCGCAGUGCUUGUUGCCAGGGCUGCCAACGCGAAGAAGUAUGCGGUCGGAUCUUUGUCGCUCAAGUGGACGAAUGCUUGA